AUGGCUCCAAAGAGGAGCCGAAAGAGAAAAGCAGAAGUGCCUGAGCCAGACCCGUGGAAUGAUUCCUGGAAUGGGGAGGAAGAGGACCCCUGGGCUCAUGAGACUCACCAGAACCAGAGUGAAGAUCCAUGGCGGUUUGUUGCUGAGGAUGACGUUCCAGCUGAUGGUGACAGCAUGUUGGUGGAGAAUCCAUGGGCUAGCAAUCCAGGGAGCAAGCUCACCACCCAUAACUCUCAGAUCCAUUUGGAUGCUGCUCUUAGGCUUGCUUCGGAUUUGGCACCAAUUGCAAAAGAGGCCAGCCAGUAUGACACAAAUGGAGCAUGCCCAAAGCGACUAGGUUGUGUUCUCUCAUCUAACUGCAAGCGGAAGCACUGUGCACGCCCAGGAUGCAAAGCAGGUGUAAUUUCACAUCAAGAAGUUUGCAGUUUCAUGGAGAAGUGGGUCAAGCUGCCACUUCCUGACAGAAGCCAUCUCCUGCGUUGCAACUACUACCAAGACAAUAGCGUGAUUGCCAGAGAUGCUGAAGCAGUGAAGGAGACAGUGGAGUGGCACAUGUGUGGCUAUGCAAUUUGCUUUCAGAGGUUUUGUGAGAUUCUUGGAAGUAGUCAAAGAACAGUCCGCAGGCUGAUCAGUGGGCAGCCAGAUUUGAGAUUGUCUAAGUCGGGCUUUGGUAGCCAAUCCCGGGCGGCAGUGCAGACUGCCAAAUGUGACCAUUUUUUCCGGACACUCCAUGCGUCAGCUGCUGAGCCAAUGCCAGAGGAGGCCCAAAUGUACCCCAAGGCAAAACAACUGGGCAGUCAUUCAGGAGUUCAGGUGUCCAGGAGUUCAGGGGUUCAGAAGAGAGACAUGACCAGCAUUGAUGCAUGGGAGCAUUGGAGCUAUGACUGGCUCAGCAUGCCUCCAGCAGAUGUUCAAGCAGCAGAGAAGGCUCACUGUGGCACCUUGGGCUUGCCUAUAAGAUACAUUCAACAUCAAAGGUUGAUUGAUCUAUACUGGCAGUUUACAGCUGAAUGGGACAUUCAUGUUGAGAGAAAUCCAGGAGAUGGUGAGUGCCCUGCUUUCCAGACAUUUGCGAAGCGCUAUUACAGCCACUGGCGCUAUGUGCUGGUCAUGAGAAAGAUUUCUCAGCAUGGUCAAUGCAAAACCUGCUUUGACUUUCAUUCUGUGCUCAGGAGCCCAAAAGCUGAUUGGAGCACCAAGGCUAUACUGAUUGGCCUUCGCAAGUGGCAGACUCCAGAUGCCAUGCUUGAUCACAUCAAGGCAAAACUGGAACCAAGGGGUAUUUGGAACUGCUUCAAGCCUCGUGCUGGCAUUCCCACCCCUCAUUGCUUCAUGUGCAUGAAGGGCAAGAAUCUGCCAAGAAAGUAUGCAGUGAUGCUUGAGGAGCCAAAAGAGGAUGAGGCAGUCUACUGUUGCGUCAAAGGCUUUGUCCGUGACACUUGCUUGUUGCAGCCGCCUGUUUACCUUUCACCACCUGGACGACAUACUGCCAUUCGAGAAAGCCAGCCUGGCCAGCUCAUUGGCAAGAAAGAAAUGUCUGAGAGUGAGAUCCAGAGCUACAUCAAAUUAGCUCAGUUGUGCAAAACCAAGUUUGACAUGCCAGAAGCUGCGGAUGAGAAGUUGAAUCAGUGGUAUGGCAAGAUCUUUGCACAGCUGCAAGCUGACAUGAGUGACAGCAGUCUUGCUUCAGUGCAUGAGUGGAUGGAGAGAACUUUUCCAAACACAACUGCCAAGAACCAACUGAUGACAGAUUUUUCCAAUCUGGAGUCAGAAUGCCGAAAGAUUUUGGCAGCCCCAGACAAUGGAACAAUCACUUCUGAUGUUCCAGAAGUUCUGGUCCACAAUGAUGUGCCAGUCCGCUUCAAAAUCAGGUUGCACAACUUUGGCUUCUUGGAGGACUCACAGCUGAAGGGGCCAGUUCAGUCUUAUGCUGUGAGCCUUGGGUUGCAUGCAUGUUUGGCCAAGCAUGGGCAUGUCAAUAUCCAUGUUGCUAGCUUGUUCAGCAAGAUUCCAGGAUUGGUUCAGCUUAGGAGGGACAACAUCCAGAAGUUCAUGACCAAUCAGAAGGGCAACCAAACCAACAAAUACCCCCUGGAGAUCCUCUUUGACUAUGUUUGCAAGCUCAACCAGCAUCCAGUGAAGCCAGGUUCAGUGAUUCCGGCGUUCAGCAUCGCCAUGUUCAUUGGCAGCUCGACCAUCAUGUCAUCAUUCUUGCUGUGCAUCUAUGCUUGCAAGCUCAAGAUUAUUGACGCAGUGAAGGGCGACCUAAAGCUCGAGCGCGAGGUGGCUACAAGGUUGCUGAGUUGCUUGGUGAUUCACUGCACAGCUGUUACUGCCACCAAUCAUGAUCAGGCAAUGCUGAAUGCAUUUGCCCAGAAGCGGGAGGCUUUGACGACUCGAGAUGCGCAUCUCCGCAGCAUCAUGGUGGAGCAGAACAAGUUGAGUGUCACUAAAGCCAAGAUCCACAGCAAUGAGAUGACAGCGAUCCUUUUGCUAGAUUCAGCUGGUCCAGGUUUUCAGAAGAUCAUUGCCAAGGCUCACAUGGCUGACCAGCCGCAGGACACUGCCUUUCCCCUCUCGCUCUUGAACAAAGACUUCCUGAAGAAGGAGGAUAACCCCCUGUGGCAUGCCAUCCAUGAGCACAGCUGGGACAAAGCGUUGAGCUACAAGAAUGGUGCAGUGGCCGCCGACAUGCGUGACAGCGGCAAAGAGUUGAAUGUGUGGUACAUGGCACAAGCCAUGUGCUUCCAACCGCGCGACUUCCAGUUCGUCUUGCUGGAGCAACAGGAUGCCUUGUCUGGACUGAACUUCUUGAGUUUAGGCAGUUCAGAGAAGCAGGAAUCCCUCCAACGCUUGCACAAGCAACUGGGGCAAGAACAGAAAGCCUGGCGAGCCCACAUGGCAAAGGUCAAGGCGCAUGAGGACAGCUCCAUGGGUUCCUUCAACCGCCAAGUAUCUCGACAACAGGAGGCCUUGGAGGAGGCAUGGCAGGAGCAGAGCACAAAGUUCAUUCAGGUGUUCAGCUGUGCAGAUGUUGCUGGUGCAAUACUCCUGGUCAAUCAAGCAAAGGCCAUGAUUGCUGACGAGCAGCUGAAGGAUGCAAGUGGCAUCCCAUGUAUUUUUGAAUGGAACUUUCCAAAGGCUGGAGCAAGAGCCAGCAAACUGAUCCCAGCAGUGGCAAGCACCAUUGCAGUGUCAUGCAGUGAGAAUCCAAAGACAGUCAUCCAUGUUGUCAUUCCACCCUGCCAGCCAGUGUAUGGCAAGGGAGACUCUGCUGGAGAUGAACGAAUUGCCAGCAUCGAGGACCACGUGAACAAUUUGUGGCAGCAGCUCAACGAUCCAUCCCACCGUCUUUCUGUGCGCAAAGUCAAUGCACUGUGGAACUCAGAGACCUUUUACUCCUCCGACAGAGAGUUGGGUUUUGAGGUAUGGCUUGUCCUUGCAGAGUCGACCAGGGAUGUGAGCAAAAGCACCCGCUCCUACAACAAUGUCUUUGGCAACAGCAGCCUUCUCAAGAGAGGUGGCUUCCCCUUCCUCCUCAAUGCGAUGGAAAGGAAAGAUUUUCAGAACUGGAAAGCCCCACUGGGGUUUGACCAGGGCAAAGUGGCCCAUGGACAGGACACAGCACAGUGGUUUUCAGGAGUUCAGGUGUUCUGUAGUUCAAUCACUGAGCUGUGCAAGGGGUCCAUUCUCCAGAAGGAUGAUUUCCUGCUGGUGGCCGACAUGCUGAUGUAUGACUCCGAGAAUGUCAUUGCAGAGAAUGUGAAAGAGGACCUGGCUUCAGUGGUCAAGGUGAAGAUCCGCAGCAAGAACUACCGCAUGCCCAGCACUGUAGCGAUCCCAGAGGUGGUGAAAUCAGAUGCUGCAGAUCCGGCACCCAAGUACAACCCUGAUGACUUCAAGCUGACUUACCCAAGAUCGAAUCUGCAGCUUCCCUUGCUCCAAAAGGUGGUCACGGAAGGGGAGUCGUUGCAGGUCAGCAUGCCUGACCCAGAGAAUCCUGCAGAGUUGCUGACUUUCCCAAAGCUGGUCAAGAUUCACAAUGAUGAGUUCAAUCCUUCAGGGCAGCCAUGGAACCCUGACCAAGGUCAAGGUGAAAAACGCAAGGCCGAGGGGGAGCCUGAGUGUGGUCCCAAAGUGGUGGUGGAAGCAGUUUCGCCUCCAGAUGGCUUGAUCCCUACAGGAGUGCAGGGUGCAGAUGGUGCCUUUCAGUUGUUUCUGGACCCCAAGGAAGCAAGCCUUUAUUUGCAUUGCGCCAAGGAUUCAGCAGUUGGUCCUGAUGAAAAGCCUUGGUUCUAUUGCAAAGGAUCUUUCAGAGCAGGCUCCCAGGCAGAUGCUGAAAUGAAGAAAGCAGGGGCGCAAUUCAUUGAUUCAGCUAUGACCAAAAGCACCAAGGUCCUUGUGCAACAGAUUGGUUCUGCAUUGGAAAUUCCACAACAGCCCACCCCAUUGGGGGCUGUGCUUGAAGCCUUUUCUAGCCUCCGCCAACCCGUUGGCCAAAUCUUCAAGCACAAGUGCACUGAUUCAGAGGUGAAGGCCACUGAAAGCAUUUGCUUUGUCUUGGAGAUCAAUACCAAGCCUGUGGCCCCCAACAAGCCCAUUGAGCCCAAUGUUUUGUCCACCUAUGUGGAGCUCUCCAAGCACAGUCACAUUGAGGCUGUUCAGAACUUGAAAUAUGAAGCCGAGCACCAGACCUUGAAGCAAGGCAUUCCAGCUGUUUUCCCGGCACACAGCUUCAACAUCGAGAAAGACAAGUACUACAAGUUGUGA